UUUGUUUCUGUUCACUUCUUUGUAAGUUGAAAUUUUCCCGGGAAGAAAUGAUUGGGAAAGAUGCGAAGGUUACUUUUGCGAUAUUGGCUCUUAUUCGGAAAGUUAAGUUUCAUAAAUUUGUGCCUUUUUGAGCUUAUCGCAAAUAUACGUGCUGAAAAUGUAGGUAUUAUUUGAUAUUUAGCCAAAAAUAAGUUUGACAUUUAAACUAAAGAAACCAAAUCGCAAAAAUUCGUUCACAAAAAAAUUAGUUAACACUCAUCGCACAAAUAAAAAGAAUUACACUCACUCUAAAAUUACAGUAUUGCUUCGAUAAACCAAUUUCGUCCUUUUUUAAACGCUUUCGACGAAAUGUUGUUUUACGACGCUACAGCUUGUCGAAAGAUUAAUGCAUGAAAAGUUUUAUUUAUUUUUUUGUUUUAGCCAUUAUGAUGGUUGGAAAAAUGUUUUGUGGAAUUUCAUUUACUCUGAUUUACAUUUAUACAAUGGAUAUAUUUCCAACAGAAUUAAGAUCAACAUGUCUUGGUGCGUGUACCACAAUCAGUCGUAUAGGAAGUAUGCUAGCUCCUCAAUUAGUUGCAUUGGGUACAUACACAUCAGCGGAUAUUCCAGUUUUAGUCAGUGGUAUUUUUCUCUUCAGCGGAGCCUUCAUCUUGUAUUUCUUUCUUCCUGAAACAUCAAACAUCCCAACGCCAGAUAAAGUUGAAGACGUGGAAAAUUAUAAACAAAUUAAAAAAGAUCGAAAGAUGUUACUCAACGCUUGAAAUGUGCUUUGAUGAACUUAUCUGUGAUUAUUAAUACCUUAUCGGUAGAAAUUUCUGCUAGAAGAAAUCGGCAAAAAAAAACAACACUAAAAGCGUUUUCGGAUUCCAGUCAUUUUUAGCAGACUUAACCUGUGAUAAUACAACCUCGUUCCCAGGGUUGUUUGUCGGAGGUCAAGAGACACUGGGGGACGAAAAUGGGAAUAUGAAAGUAUUUUAUUUUAUUGUACUAUUAUAAACUCGUUCCCAGGACAUUCUAAGUUUCAAACGAAGUAGAAACCGUCUUGUAUUGGGAACUCCAUGGGAACGCUAAGUAACAUACCCUUCCGACUGACAUUAUCACUCCUUGAUGCGCCUUGUCGAAGAAAGGAAAUUAACUGUCUUAAUAUUAAACCAUUCUCGUUCCCUUGUCCUUGAAAAUAUGAUAACGUUUUUAGUUAUAGAACUUUUUUUCAUAAAAAAUAUUGUUUUCGGUUUAUAGACAUCAUAGACAUCACCCAGUAUCGUUUUGCCGUUUUAAAAAAAGAAAUUGCGUGCUAAUCCAUGCAAAAAGAUGGUUGUAGCCACCUCAAACACAGGAAAGCAUCUCCUUCCUUUCUCUCUUAUAUCUUAGUAAUUGCAAAAGCUGUGCUUUUGCGGUGACUAUAGAUCUCCCUUCAGUGCAUCUUAGUGUGUGAUCAAAGAAGCCUGGACCAACAAAGUUUACACUUUUUCCCUUUUAUUUCCAGCUUAUUAGGGAGAUGGGCAGUGAAUUAAUUUGAGCUACGGUAUUCGGACCAAGAUCCCGCAGUGAAUUUUAAAAAAAUGGCUUCUAAUGAUAGUUACGACUAUAUAUGCUGGUAAAAAACAAUCAAGACCCGAGGCCCUCUUUUUCGUCUCGCUAUGCCAGUAUAAAAUAAGAGACAAAGAUCCGGAGGUAGAGUCAAGUUUGCGGCGCAAACAACAUGACAAGACCUGAAAGAAAAAAUUCAAUACGCCUCAAUUUCAGAAUUAAAAUUGGAAUAAAGUUUAUUGGGGAAUUGACGCU